AUGGAUGCAGGAGGCGGUGGUUUGGACUCGGGAUUGAGCUUUGGGUCUGUGUCUGAGCUAGAUGUGCGGUUAGGUCGGCAGUUGGAGUAUUUGGGUUUCAAGACGAUGACUGUGAUACAGGCGAAGUCGAUCCCAGAAUUGCUUUCGGGGAGUGAAGAUGUAUUGUUACGGAGUCAGACAGGUAGUGGGAAGACGUUGGCCUUUCUGGUGCCGGCAUUGCAUCGUAUAGUUGUAGCGGAGAGUGCCAAGCGUAAGGCCUUGCAGGAUGCUGGGUUGUUAACGGCGGGCGACCUGAAGACGGUAGUGUUAGAUAGAACGAGUGGGACACGCGUGUUGGUUUUAGGUCCCACGCGUGAAUUGGUCACGCAGACGUAUGAGGUGGCCAAGAAAUUACUGCAACCCUUUUACUGGAUGACCACCAGCACACUCGUGUGCGGCACGAAAAAGAAGGGCGAAAAGGCAGCACUUCGGAAGGGUGUCACCGUCCUGUGUGCCACACCCGGCCGUAUCCUCGACCACAUGAAUACAACGAACGCGUUUAAGCUCGACAAAGUUUCUUCUAUCGUCAUCGACGAAGCCGACAGACUCCUCGACGCAGGCUUCGAAUCCAAACUGAAGAAACUCACUGCCGACAUCCGUGACGCCCGCGACAACGCCACGCACUUCAGACCUGGUAUUCCACCGUCCCCGGCACCUGGGAUUUCAGCGACUGGAAUUUCGGCGAAGAACCGUAAAGCGGCAAGAGGCCGGGAUGAAGAAAUGAUUGUCGACCUAGAGGCUGUCGACCACACGGUCUUGAGUCGGUUUGACGACGACGAGGACUCCGACGAGGGUGACGGGACCGCGGCGGUGCCGCAGACAGCCAAGGCAGAGUGGAAUGUUUACGAAACCGCCCUCAGCCUGCAGACGGUCAUGGUUAGCGCGACCUUGACGGAGCGCGUGGAGAAGCUGGCCAACUUCUGUCUCCGCAAAGGCUAUAGAUGGAUCACCGAUGACACCAAGGUGCCUUCCGCCAAAUUUCGGACCGCUCUCGGUGGAGACGAGGUUGAGGACGAAAACCAAGCGAGCGACGCUGCCGGUGGCGCUGACGUGGCGGAGUGGUCGAUGCCGAAGACGUUGAAGCAGUCUGCGGUGGUGGUAGAGAACAUGAAGAAGCGUGUGCUCACAUUGUUGGGACUGUUGUUGGUACGACAGGACAUUGCGGGUAGUCGAACGUUGGUCUUCGUGGACACGUGUGAGGUGGCGGAGUAUCUGUUUAAUGUGGUCGCGGAUCUGAAAUGGCCUACAUUGCCGGACGACAAGACACCGCGUGCAGUGAAGGAGCGUGCGGAAAAAGAGUUGAAGGAGACGAGCAGUAAGGUGAAGCGUGCUUUGGAUGUGAACGACAUAUUAUUUGGUGAGGAUGAUGACCAGGCUGAGCUGUUGCAAAAAUCAGAUAGAUCUUUCCUCUGGUCGGAUGAGCCCGUGUUUGGCAAACUCAGAUCAUUCCGGUUGCAUGGUUCGAUGGAUAAAGACGACCGGACGGGUACGUUGGCAGAUUUUGUCAGCAGUAAGCCGAGUAGUCAAGUUCUCUUUGUGACGGACGUGGCAGCGCGAGGUCUAAAUUUCCCUGAGGUCGACCUGGUUGUGCAGUUCGAUGUGGCUUGUGAGUUGUGCGACUAUGUGCACCGUGUGGGCCGUACAGCUCGCAUGGGCAGACCAGGCACGAGUGUGCUUUUCCUCAACGAACAUGAGAAAGGUUUCCUCAAUCUACUGCGACAAAAAGGUGUGGCAAAGGAAAUACAAAUCACCCACCAAGACCACAUACUCAAGACCCUCCGACCCAACGACCGACUGGCCAAGACACCACCACAUCUGGCCUCUCUACGGCCCGCAGAUGCCGCCUCCUUCAUCCUCUCACGCUUCACCGCCUACGUCGAAGCUAAUCCCGUCCUUUGUACGCUAGCCUCCCGCGCUUACUUCGCUACCGUCAAAAACUAUCGUACAUAUGCCAAAGAACUACGCACGUACUUCGAUGCCAAUCAAUUACAUCUAGGACGACUUGCCGGUGGCUUCAUGCUGAGACAAAGCCCUUUCGAACUCAGCAAAAAAGAGGAACGACCACCUACCGGCAGAGGCGGCUUUGGCUCCAGAGAUACGUACUCCAGAGAUGCUGGCACCGGAGGCGGCUUCGGCUCCAGAGGAACUGGCUCCAGAGGAACAGGCUCCAGAGGAACAGGCUCCAGAGGCACUGGCUCGAGAGGCAGAGGGGCUAGUCGUGGCGGCGGUCGCGGCGGUCGAGACAGCGGCCGUGGCCGUGGAGGAAGUUCCUUCUCGAAGCGCGGUCGCGGUGAUCGGUACGGCACUACGAGUAAGGACUUCGCUGCUCGUCGAGUCAUGAAGAAACAAAAGGUGAGCGCAGCUUAA